UUUCCCAGUGAAAGUGGCGUAAAACCCUUAGCCAAAACCACCGUCUCUCUUCCAAACACUGAACCAGAGCGCUCUUCUUCUUCUUCCUCUCCGUCUUCCAUUUCCUUGUAGAUCCCUUCCUGCUUCUGCGCUAAUUUCAAUGAGGCUCACGCUUUACAGAGCCCAUAGGCGGCCGCUCACCAACCCUUCUCUCCUCCAAUUUCUCUCUCCGUCAUCCUCCUUCUCUUCUCCUCCCUCAUCCACCGGUCCUCCCGACGACGACGGCGGUGCCUUCUCGGAUCCCCAGCCUCCUCCCGAAACCAAGCCCUCAGCCACCUCAUUCCUCAGAGAUGUCAGGGCGAGCCUCAAGCACAAAGAAGAGAUGUGGCGGCCGCAGAACCCAGCCCAGGUCAGAUCCAAUUCGCCGCCCUCGAGAAUCCCCGCCGCGGGUCCCUAUCUGGACAUCAGAGAGAGACUCAGAGUAUAUAGGCAAAGGUCAUCUGCUCCUCCCCCUAACCCAGCGCAAGGGCAGCAGCAGCAGCCGCAGCCGCCGCGACAGCAGAUAUCGUUUCUAAAGCUGUACCAGCGGAACACAGCGGCCGAAGGUGAUCGCGACGGCGGCGUUCAGUCUGGGUUUACCGGCGCCAACACUUCUUUGCCUUCUUUCGAGCAUAUCAGAGCAAGUCUUGGGGCCCUCCCUAAGCGUGCGGGCUCCAACAAUAGAAGGGCAGAUUCGACUCAGUCGUGGAGUACUGGAAGCAUCUUUGGUCAGAGAGCUGAAAGAGAGGCGAGUUCAACAAGGUUUGGCGGCGGUACUCUGGGAGGUAUGAAGCUGCAGCAGCGGCUGGAUAGAGCAAACGAGAUUGGAAGAAUGGGCAUUGCCGAGGAGUAUGCUUAUACAGAGCUAGGGGAGGAGUUGAAGAAAUUGCGGCCCGGCCAGAAGCAAGGGCAGAAGGGGUGGUUUUCGUUGAAGGAGUUGAGUGAGAGAUUGAGUAAAUUGAGGGAGCUGGAGAAGGAACGUGACGACGGACCAAUGAAGGAGGUGAGGGCAGGUUUGGAGGUGGCGGCAACCAUGCGGGAGAAGGAAAAUGUGCGCUCAAGCUCAAACUUUAGGAGUUUGAUGGGUAUAACUCCUGAUUAUCAGUCGACGAUCCCAAAAGAGCACUUGGUUGAGAAGUAUUUCCAUCCAGAUAACAUGUCCUCUCAGGAGAAAAUGAAACUUGAGCUUGCACAAGUUAGGGAGGAGUUCAAAGCAUCGGAGUCAGAUUGUGGAUCUGCCCGGGUGCAAGUUGCGCAACUUACAACGAAGAUCAAGCAUUUAUCCUCAGUUCUCCACAAAAAGGACAAGCAUUCAAGGAAGGGUCUUCAGGAAAUGGUCCAAAAGAGGAAGAAGUUGUUGAAGUAUCUAAGGAGAACCGACUGGGACUCGUACUGUAUGGUUCUUUCAAAGCUGGGUCUUCGUGACAAUCCGGACUACAAGAACUUGUGAACGUUACAAUAAUUAGAUUAUAGGCGAAUUUGCAAUGGUGUAACAUCGAGGCUUCCCAUUUCCAGGUGGGUGAAUUCAGAAAAUUACCUGUGGUAGUAGUUCUUUCUCUAGCAGAUGAAGGAUAUUUUUGGCAACAUAGCGAUUGAGAUGCUUUAAUGGUUUUCCUGCGUCCCGUGUUUUUCUGAUGUAUUGUACAUGAAAGCGCAUGACCUUUGUGAGAGUCAGAUGCGGAGGAAUGAAGAGCUUUAAUAAGAUUUUGUUGCCUCUAAUGGUUUAAUCAGUCGAUUGGAUUUGGUUGUAAGCAAGCCAGACACUCGGUCAAAGAUAUGGUGAAUGGUUAUGCAUAAUCAGAUUUGAACUCUUGAUUUGAAGCGGCGUGGAAUUUGAGGGGUGAGAAUAAAAUAAAUUUUUUAUUUCUUCUAGUUUUUUUUUUAUCUUCAUCAUUCAAACUUGGAUUUCUAAAUUUUA